AUGACGGGUGGCCUCGAAGGUAGGGGCGAAGGGCCACAGCCGUCCCACGUCUCUAGCGCAGGCGCCCAGUCAUCCGGCAAGAAGUCGAUUUCGUUCAAGGACGACGCCGAGCCAGAGACUAUUCCGGAGCCCACCCCGCCGGCCGAGACAGCAGCAGAGCCACAGCAGAAUCAGGGCCGCGAAACUGCGCAGAGAGAAGUAGGCUCCAACCCGCCGGCAAGCAAGAAUGACGAGGCCAAUCCUGGAAUGCCCGUGGCGACGGAGCCCAGGGAUCCGCAGCGUCAGCUGAACGAGUACCGGGAGAAUCUGGCGCGCGAGAUGGAACGGCGAGAGCCGCUGCCAAGAGGGCACCCCCCCGCGCCAGUCCCGGCGCGGGUCUCUCCCAUUCAGGAGGAAACUUCGCCGUCUCAAUCGGACCCAGCGACGACCUCGACCGGGUCCGGCAAGACCCUCCGCGGAUCUGCUACGCCUACGCCUGCCCCGGUAGCUGCGACGCCAGCGUAUCCGUUUCCCCGCAUGGCCUCCUCCGGCUUUCUGCCCUCCGCCGUGCACCUUCCCUUCACCACGCUCUCCCCCACUGUUCCGCCCGAUCGAAUUCGACCCGCAGCCGAUGCUCCUAGGGGCCAAGACACGCUCGUGUCCCCGUCGAACCCGUCGACGCCCGCUUCUAACAUGACCUUUCUGCCUCCCGGGGCCUCGCGGGCUGAGCCGGACCCGCCCGACUUUCCCAGCCCGAACCUGUAUGAGCUGGUGCUGAUGCUCUCGGCCGAACCGGGGCUGGAUGCGUGGUGGCACACGGUGGUGCAGAUCAUGGCGGACGUGUACAAGGCCGAAAGGGUGACUCUUGCCGUCCCUGCCGACCCGACCGACAUCGAGAACGUGCCGUGGGGGCAGAAGGCCACGUUCAAUGCGCACCGCGAGGACGAGCUGAGUCUCGGGUAUCUGGCGAGGAGCUCCAGUCUCGUCCCCAGCAGCAAGGACGCCACUCCCAACACCUUCCCCCACGCCACGGAGUCGCCGGGGACGCAGGAACCCAUACGCCCGAAACUGCUGGGCAGGCAUUCCUUCACAUCAUACGAACUAAAUCGGCGGGCGGCCGCAUCACGCGAGCAGACCCAGCAAGGUCUAUACCGUCCUCAGCUUCCGUCGAGGAGCAAAUCCCACCAUCCGGGCACAGCCUCGGACCGCGAGGAGGACGACAGCAACCUCACCAGUCUCAACCAAGAGGCACUUGAGCAGCACGACGCGCUGGAGGAACAGCAGCAGGAGAUCCCCAGCUGGGAGGCACCGUUCAAUGCCCCGAGGGAAGGGCAUGGGAAGGUGCUGAAUGUGUUGCAGGCCCUCGACUACGAAGCAGACCCGUUGAUUGACCACAACGGCAUCCUGCGCAUUCUGGAGCGCGGUCGCGUCGUUGCCCUUACGAGGACUUACCCCUACCUCAGCCAGGAACAGGCCAAGGGACGGCCCUCGGACGUUCGCACGACAGCCGGAUCCAAGUCGCCCGAACAGCCCCGAGGGAAGGCCAGGAAGCCACGGUCCGACUCGCUGUCCAAGUUUUCUUCGCUCCUCGGCAGUGUGGCUUUUUCGCCGGUUCCCGCCCGGACCGCCAGACCGCAGCCGCUCGAGAAGAAGGCGUCCAUGGCGUCUCGGUUCGAGGAUGAGGCGCCAAAGGCCCCCAGUCCGCGCUACGAAGAAUACGAGCAAGCGCCACCGUCUCCGUGGUCGCAAUCGCCGGCGCCCUCGCCGGCCGUGAGAACCGACACGGCCGAGAACCCCUUCUUCACAGACGCCAUGGUCGACGAGGAGUCGUUCAACCCGUCGUCUGCACCCGCUGACUAUUCCGCCAUCCUCCCACCAGAGGCCAUCGGUGUCGACAACUCGUGGACUGUGCUGCACAUUCCGCUGACCCACGUGCUGCUAUCGAAGCCCAAUUCGUCUUCCUUUAAGCUCGAUCCGUCGCUCAUGGCACAGAAGAUCUCUGCGCGGAAGAACGGAGACCAGCCGGCUGCCACGCAUACUUCGCCCGAGCGGCCCGUGAAGGAGAAACACGCACCGAUCGCCAUUCUCUCGAUCCUGAGCCCCAUCAUCCCGUAUCCGUCCAAUCUGCGGCACUCUCUGGAGCACCUCAGUCCACACCUCGCCACCAGCUUUUCUCUCUGCCGCCACUACACCAACCUGGAGACCGAGCUGAACGGAUUGCAGAAGCGCAGACCACACACGGCCGGCUUCGGUGCUCUUGGGCCUGAUGGGCGGCCGCUGGCCGACCCAGCCGCGCUGGCCUCUUUGGCGUAUCUGCCCACGGGGAACGCCGCGUCGCGGGACUCGAUCGCGGGCAGCAUGACCAGCCCGUCCGAGUAUUCCGGCCCUUCUCGCAGCGCUGCCGGCUCACCCGGCGGAACCCCGGGUCGGGAAUUCUCGUCGGUCGGGCUCAGCCUGGACAACAAGUGGGGGCCUGCCGCAAGCCCGGCUCCGGUCAACAUGGACAGCUACUUCGGCUCCACGCCCAAGAGUCCGGCGACCGCGCAGUCGGCGAGAAGGAACUCGCGAGACUUCUCGGCUGUCACCGAAAAGCGAUCGUCCUCGCUUCGGCCGGGGAGCAGCAGCAAGGCGCCGCUGCACGAGUCGGGCUCGCGCAGCCCCGGCGUGGCCGAGUCCCGAAGGAGCACCGAGUCGAUCCGUCAGGAUUCGGAGGACGCCGUGCCCCCUAGUGCUCAGCACAGAGCAUCCGCGGCAAGGGAGGCAAGGGAGAAAAGAGAUCAGGUGUCGGGCGAAAAGGGCAGCGGUGCAGCGGCCCAGACCGAGGGACAGAAGAAGCCGGCCAGCAUCACGGGCUCGGCGCCCCACCGCCAUACCCAGCUGCACUCAUACGGAGCCGACUUCGCUUCGACCUUCCAGUCGCUCCCGGGUGGUUCGACGAUUAGCAGAGGGCCGCAGCAGCCAACUGCGCCGUCUCGAACCGGGUCGAUGGUGCAGACCGAUAUGACGCCUCCGUCUGACAGGCUGAAAGGACUCAUUCUGGACUCGUUGCCCGCCCAUGUCUUCGUGGCGCUUCCGCAGACGGGCGAAAUAGUGUGGGUCAACAGCCGUUUCCUCACCUAUCGCGGGCAGACCUCGGGAGACCUGGCAGCGGAUCCCUGGGGCAGCAUACACCCCGACGACCGAGAGGAAUACCUCCGCGCCUGGAGCCAGUGUGUCCGGACCGGCGAGCAGUUCUCGAGGACGGUGCGGAUCCGGCGGUUCGACGGCGCCUACCGAUGGUUCUACGCGCGGGCUGUGGCAUCCAAGGACAAGAGGGGCGUCAUCUUGCAGUUUCUGGGAUCGUACAUGGAUAUCCACGACCAACACAUCGCCGAGCUCCGAGCCGCGCGGCAGGAGGAGAUCGAGGCGUCCGAGGCCAAGCACCGCCUGCUUGCCAAUCUCAUUCCGCAGAUCAUCUUCACCGCCACCGAGGAUGAAGGGAUCACGUUCGCAAACGAGCAGUGGCUGUCCUACACGGGCCAGAACUUCGACGGCGUCCUGGGGCUCGGGUUCAUGGAUUAUGUCCACCCAGACGACCUGGCGAAAUGCCGGAUCCCUCCGGGGGGUGAAUCGAACCCGGCUCCCAAGGGGGAUCCGAGGAGCGGCCACGGCCGCUCGUUCUCGGCUGACUAUAAUACGCCUCCUCCUCGCGCCGGCAAUAGGUUGAGUGUUGGUGGUGAUGCCGGCGGCCGAGGUCCUGGCCACGGGCUAUCGCGGAAUGAUAGCUCUGCCAGCAGCGGCAGCGGCAGCGGUAGCCACGACGGCUCCACGUACGAGCUUCCAACUGCGAAUCUCACAGAGCUCGCGCGCAAGGGGGUGAUCAAGGUGUCCCGAGACAGCAGCGGCCGGCUUUCCUACACGACCGAGAUCCGGCUGCGGUCCAAGAGCGGCGAAUACCGCUGGCACCUCAUCCGCUGCGUCGAGAUCGACAAUGUCGAUUUCGGCAACGGCGCCAGUUCGUAUUUCGGGUCGGCCACAGACAUCAACGACCUGAAGCUGCUCGAGACCAAGCUGAAGGAGGCGAUGGACUCCAAGGGCCGCUUCCUCAGCAACAUGUCGCACGAGAUUCGGACGCCGCUCAUCGGCAUCUCGGGCAUGGUCAGCUUCCUGCAGGACACGACGCUGAACGAGGAGCAGCGCGACUACACGAACACGAUCCAGACGAGCGCCAACAGCCUGCUCAUGAUCAUCAACGACAUCCUGGAUCUCUCCAAGGUGGAUGCGGGCAUGAUGAAGCUGAGCUACGAGUGGUUCCAUACACGUUCCCUGAUCGAGGACGUCAACGAGCUCGUGUCGACCAUGGCCAUUGCCAAGCGGCUCGAGCUCAACUACGUGGUGGAGGAAGACGUGCCCUCGUGGGUCAAGGGAGACAGGGUGCGCAUCCGCCAGGUGCUGCUGAACGUGAUUGGGAACGCCAUCAAGUUCACGAGCCAGGGCGAGGUGUUCAGCCGAUGCAAGGUCGUCAAGCCGGAGGGGGCGGUGCAGCUGCGGCCCGACGAGAUCAUGCUCGAGUUCUCCAUCAUCGACACGGGCCGCGGCUUCACCAAGGAGGAGGCCGAGCUGAUCUUCAAGCCCUUCAGCCAGAUCGAUGGCAGCAGCACCCGGCAGCAUGGCGGAAGCGGCCUGGGCCUGGUCAUCUCACGGCAGCUGGUCGAGCUGCACGGAGGGAAGAUGGAGGGCACUGCGGUGCCGGGCAAGGGAUCCACCUUCACCUUCAGUGCGAGGUUCGGCCUUCCGACCGAGGACGACCACCCCGACGAGCUAUCGCCGGUUGCUCAGCCGACACCAAGCCUGAUGCAGAGCACGCCUCUUGCUGGUGCGCAGUCGCCGUCGGAGAGCCCGCACCAUCCGGACGCCGUGGACAAGGCGACGCCCGACUCGGAGCAACGUCUCACUUCUCCCGCGACGCUCUCGAGCGGCAGCUCGGAACUGUCGGCGGCUUCCAGCCGCACGCGCAUCACCGGCCGCUCGUCCGUGUCGUCUGUGAAUGCCGGCCUCGUCCGCUUUAGCCAGGCGGCCCGGGCCAGCGGACAGGACCUCUCCCAGAUGAAGCUGGAGAUGCCCGGAAGCACGCCGCCGAUGAACGAGAGCCACUACCAGCAACGAUCGCCCGACGCCAAGGCGAUCCCGCCGCCGCCCAUGUACUCGAUCCUGAUCAUCUGCCCGCAGCUGCACAGCAGGGAAGCGACCACCAAGCACAUCACCAUGACGCUGCCCAAGGACAUCCCCCACCAGAUCACCGCCGUCGCCUCGGUCGAGGAGGCGCAGCCGUACAUCACGGGUGAAGACUCGGUCCGCUUCACGCACAUCGUCGUCAACCUCCCCACGCCCGAGGAAAUCAUCGCGCUCACGGACAAGCUCAUGGGCGCCGAGUCGCGGAGCAACCUCGGCGUAACCAGCGUGCUGAUCCUGUCGGACUCGGUCCAGCGCCAGGCCGUCUCCAAGCUCGUCGCCGGCACCAAGUACGAGGACAUCCUCUCCGAGGGCAAGGUCACGUACAUCUACAAGCCCGUCAAGCCGUCCCGCUUCGCCGUCAUCUUCGACCCAGCCAAGGAGCGCGACCCGAGCAUCGACCACAACCGCUCGACGGCACAGCGCCUAGUCGAGGACCAGCGGCAGAGCUACGUCGAUAUGGAGCGCCGCAUGGGCGGCAAGGGCUACAAGGUGCUGCUGGUCGAGGACAACCCGGUCAACCAGAAGGUGCUGCAGAAGUACCUGAAGCGGGUCGGCGUGACCGUGGAGCUGGCCGCCGACGGCGUCGAGUGCACCGAGAUGGUGUUUGAGAAGGGGUGGGGGUAUUAUUCGUUGAUUCUGUGCGACCUCCACAUGCCGCGCAAGGAUGGCUACCAGGCCUGCCGCGAGGUCCGCGCCUGGGAGGCUGAGGGCGGGUUCGGCUCCAUGCCCAUUAUCGCGCUCUCGGCUAACGUCAUGUCGGACGUGCAGGAGAAGUGCAAGGAUGCCGGAUUCAACGACUAUGUCACCAAGCCGGUCGACUUUAUAGACCUGAGCAGAGCCCUGUCCAAGUUCUUUUGA